CACUCCCCCUUCCGGGUCAGCUCCAGGCCUCCAAUACCACAAGUCCACAACUCCAGAACCCCAUUCCUUUCAUCAACACUCCCAAAUCACAAACCUAUAAAAUCCCCAAAAUUUUCACAGAAAUAAUUUCAAAGAAAAAAAGAAAAAAUGGGGAAAAAUCAAGCUUACAAAGCGAUGCAGAGAGCGCGGUUGGGCUCGAGCUCGGCCGCUCCUGAAGAGAUCGAAGAUGGCAUGGUGGAUGGUUCUUUUCAUACACCAGAGUGGCAUGCUGCUCGUCUGGCCAGUCUCAAAACUUCUCACACCAUUACUUGGGAAGAAUUCAAAAGGAAGCAAAAGGAAGAAGAAAUCAAGAAGGGAGAGAUAGAAGCUGAUAAAGAUAAGAUGAUGAGGGAAUAUAGGGCUCAGCUGGAUGCUGAAAGGGCUAUCAAGCUUGCUAAAGGAAGAAACCACUCAAGCAGUAAACAUAGUCACAAAAAGGAUAAGAAAGACAAAGACUCAAAGAAACAUCGAAGCAAGAAGAGAAAGAGAUCUAGGAGAUCAUCCGACUACAGUUCUUCAAGUUCAUCAUCAGAAUCUUCAAGUAGCGACGAGGAAGAUAGAGAAUCAAGGAAAAGCAGAUCAAAGUCUAAACGAAAGAAGAAAGAAAAGAAACACAGAUCAAGAUCGAAGCACAGUGACAAUGAAGAGGGCCAGAAACACAGAUCAAGAUCGAAGCACAGUGACAAUGAAGAGGGCGAGGGGCCGCUGCCACUAUCCAGAUUCUUUGGGAGUAUGAAAAGCUGAUGCUUCUAAUUCAGCAGGAACAAUUUUAGCUUGUUCUGCAACAGUGGAUGCGGCAUACCCUCUUUCAUCCUCCACAAUGUUUUUAGGGGUUUCAAUCAGUCAAUCAGUCACCUGUACACUUACAAAUGCUGUGUUUGCCAUCUCUUUUCCUAGACUAGAAGUUUUGUUCCCAUACUCACAGCAGGCAAAUCUAAAAUUUGUUCUCUAUUCCUCUGCAAUAUUAACAAUGUAAAAUGCGGUUCCAGAUUUUCAGGAUUUAUGACUUUCGUUGGGAUAAAUU